GCACUUACACAAAAUGGAAAGAACCUUUAUGAAUCCAGUAUAUGUGUUGAAUACAUCAAUGACUGCUACAAUAAUGAUGUCAAUCUUCUCCCCCUGGAUCCAUACGACAGAGCAUAUGUUCGUCUUUGGGGCGAUAUCAUUGGCAAAAAAAUUGUGCCAUUUUACUUCAAAACCAUGAAGACUCCAGAAGAAGAUGAUAAGAAAAAGUCCAUAGAGGAUCUCCUUGCAGGGAUAGAGCUCUUCAGUAAGGAGACGCAAAAGAGAGAAGGGUCUUUCUUCAUGGGAAAUGUGUUUGGCUACGUUGACUUGAUGUUGUUUCCAUUUGUAUACAGAUGCAAUGCUGUACUUGGGAGAUACAGAGACUUCAAAGUACCAAAAGAUGAAAAAUACCAGGCUUACAACAGAUGGUACGAAGCAUGUCUAGAACAUGAAAGUGUGAAGUCUAUUCUGCAGGACCAAGAAAAGCUCUUUGACGACUAUAACAGCAAAUAUACAAAUCCUAGACUUUGAAUUAGCACAUAAACUACUAACUGGACACUCAACUCUAUCAUAUAUGUAAUGGAGGAUCUGGGGAUGAAUUCCAUCACAAAUUGGGCCUCAGUUUAAGAACAAUUUCAGUUUAAAGCAGGAGUAAAUAGAUUUGAAAUUUACUGGACAUUUUAUUUGGGC